AUAAAAAUACACUGAAUAUUCCUACCCUCAGUUACUCAGUUUGUAGUUAAGUUAAAAUGGAUUUUUUUAGUAUUAUUUUAAUCACAUGUAUCAUCGUUUUGUUGUUUUAUAUAUUUUUGAAAAGGCAUUUUUCAUAUUGGGAGAGAAUUGGCUUAGACUAUCUAGAGCCUCGAUUAUUUUUUGGAAAUACGAAAAGUAUAUGUGACGGAGUUUCUAUGAGUGAUACUUUUGCAAAUAUAUACAAGGAAAUGAAAUCUAGAGGAUACAAACACGGUGGAUGCUACUUUUUUUUCAAACCGAUUUAUAUACCAAUCGAUUUGGAUAUUAUUAAAAACAUUAUGCUGACUGAUUUUGAAUAUUUUUUUAAUCACGGAAUAUAUCACAACGAAGAAGGAGAACCGAUGACGGCACAUUUAUUCAGUUUGGAAAACGAAAAAUGGAGGAAUCUACGUAAACGUUUAACUCCCACUUUUACUUCAGGAAAACUGAAAAUGAUGUACUCUACACUCUUUUCUUGCUCUAACAAACUAAAAGAAGUCCUAGACCAGUAUGCAGCAAUACAAGAUCCAGUCGACAUCAAAGACCUGAUGUCACGAUUUACAAUCGAAGUUAUUGGUUCAGUUGCUUUUGGAUUGAACACAAACUCUAUAACUGAUACUAAUUCCGAAUUCAUGCAAAUAGCUAAUAAAAUUUUUGAUUCUGGUCCAUUUUGGGAGCGGUGCAAAGAAAUCGCCAUAUUCAUGCUUCCACAAAACUUUUUGAAAGCAAUCAAGUUUAAAUUUGCCCAUAGAGAAGUUGAAGAUUUUUUUUACAAUAUGGUAAAACGUACCGUAGAGUAUAGGGAAACGAAAAAUGUAUUCAGAAAAGAUUUUAUGCACCUAUUACUACAACUUAAAAAUAGAGGAAAAAUAUCGGAAGACAACCUCAUUACUAGACAAGAAGGAGAAGAGAAAGGUCCAGAUUCCAUUACUAUAGAUGAAAUGGUAGCUCAGUGUUUUAUAUUUUUUGCUGCUGGAUUCGAAACAUCAGCCACUUCACUUACUUUUUCAUUAUUAGAAUUAGCUAUAAAUCAGGAUAUUCAAAAUAGGUUACGGGACGAAAUUUUAUUUACAAUGGAGAAAAACAACGGUCAACUCACUUAUGACGCUAUAAUGUCAAUGAAUUAUUUGGAACAAGUAGUGUCUGAAGCCCUUCGUAAACAUUCGCCUGGUCCGCUAUUACCCAGAGUUUGUACCAAAAACUACAAAGUUCCAGGUACCAAUGUGGUCAUCGAAAAAGGAACGAGAGUUAUAAUUCCUGCUAUUGCUAUUCAUAAUGAUCCAGAAAUUUAUCCUAAUCCUGAUGUUUUCGAUCCAGAGAGAUUCAAUGAAGAUAAUAAAGCAAAAAGAAAAUCUUGUUCAUAUUUAGCCUUUGGUGAAGGACCCAGAUAUUGUAUAGGUUUCCGAUUUGGUAUGAUGCAAGUUAAAGUAGGGUUAGCUGUGAUAUUAAGUAACUUUAGGGUGAACGUCCACGAAAAAACUCAACUGCCAAUAAAAUAUGCUUAUACUAAUGCUUUUAUUUUAGGAGUAGAUGGAGGCGUUUGGUUGAGUGUUUCUAGACUUUGAUAAUAUAUGUAUUAUUUGAAUA